UCCUGUUUAAUAUUCCGCCCGCUCUCUUCAUAUUGUGCUUGGCUCCUGUGGGAUUGGAACUCACGUCUCGAAACCGAAGCCAAUUUUCUGUCUUAAUCUCACAAUGUUUUGACUGGAGGCAGAUCCCAGUUUUUUUAGUCCGAGUGGAAACUACCAAAAAAGCCUCACUUCUGCACUUCGUAACGAGACGGAUGGAGAGAACGGAUCAGCGGCUGCUGGCGACAUGACAUACAAGUCACCAAAUGGAAAGAGCGAGGACGCCUAACUAAAUCCAGUCAGAUCUCCGCACCGGGAAGAGAAGAAGGGAUUUCUGGGAUUUUUCUGUGCGGGAAUUUUUUAUUAUUAUUAUUAUUUUAUUUUAUCUUUUUUUUUUUUUUGCGCAAUUGUAUUUGGGAAAGAUCCCUAUUUAUUAUUUCAACUGGAUUUUGCGAGAGAUUGCCGGCUAUAAGAGAUGACUGUGGUUCUGUCCAUGAACAGAUUCUGCAACCCCAUUACCUCAGAAGGUACAGCAGAGAUUGCAGAGUAUAGAGCCGUCUGGGAGACCGAGCACCAGGGCAAGGCCAGCAGCUCGUCCAAGUCUCUCCAUGCCCAGCACCAGGAGCACAGAUUAUGUGACUCUUCUGCAGAAUCACAUUACAGGGGAAUCUCAAAUCCAAAAACAGCUUCCAAGAGCACUUACUUUAAAAGGAAAUAUGUAGAAGAGGAUUAUCAUCUGCCGCUCAACAGCUGUAGUCAUAAAAAUGUAUCCAUCUUCGAAGAGAGGGCCCAUGUACUUUACAUGUCCUUGGAGAAGUUGAAGUUCAUUGAUGACCCUGAAGUGUUCCUCAGAAGGUCGGUCCUGAUCAACAAUCUGAUGAAGAGAAUUCAUGGCGAGAUUCUACUGCAGAACAACUGGUGCUUCUCGGCGUGCGCCCUGAGCGGAGCGUCCGCCCAGGAAUGGUUUGUGCCCCAGGAUUGUCCUUAUCGGAAACGCCUUCGUAUUGCCAAGGACGACAGUAGCCUUCAGACUUGUUGUUUCUACCAGGAAUGUGGCAGCCAUUAUCUAAACAUCCCCUUCGCCGUUAACGCCAACGGAGGGCACCUCGCAGCUUCCUGUUCAUCUAGUAGCUCUUUGCCUUUGCCAGGAUGCUCUCGUAAUAUGGAUUACAGCACGGCGGAUGCUCCUUUAUACAGGAACAGCAUGCAGGGGCCUUCCUGCGGGGGGAUUGUAACCAAUACAAGGUCUCAACAAAAGCAAAAUUUGCACGAGGAAUCAGCCGAAGAGAAGAGGGGUCCACACAGCUUUAGCUGCGAGGCUUCAAAUGGGGGUGGCACCCUGGAACGCAAAGGCCGACUUUAUGAUAUUUUGGCAACUGGUUGCAAUGACAAGAGUAGCACAAGCGAACCAUGGAAAAAAUCUCUCAGGAAAAAAGAGGUUUUUCCAGGUAAUAAACUUUGCUGCAACAAAGGGAACAAGAUGUGAGCUGCACCGCGUUAACGUUCUGAUUAUUUUCAUUCUUUUUUGUUGUUGCCUAAAAGUGGGGUUCUGUUCUGCAGUGGAAAUGGGUUUUUUUUUGUAGCUUUUUAUGGUGAUAAUGAAACAUUCCCUAUGCAAAAAAAGGGAUUUCUGGUAUGAAACAAACGUCAGUGUUUUCCUUUGUGUAAUAUAGUUUAAGAAAUGUAUUAGAUCACAUUUACAGUUAUCAUUUUUUUUGGUACUGUCCGUGAUUUGGGCUUACGCUAUGAAGACGGAUUCAUAGUGCUAUACUGUGCCUCAUGUACGUCAGACAAGAAUUUUAGACACACUUGCCUAGAAUUCAGAACUGGAUGCCGUCAUAUGCACAUACCAGAUAUGUGUGGGGGUACCCGGUUUGACUGUUGGUCUUCUUAUUGGAGACCUCCUUUUUGCCAUUGGAGGUAAGGCCAAGGGCAUGAAACAAGCCUUAUCUAGGUGCAUCUGAGAUCCAACCCUUCUAGAACAUUUUUUUCUAAGAGCAUUGGAAAUGUAUUUUUCUCCUCAUCUGCAUUUAUGCUGUAGUGACUUUCAUUUCACUCGUAAUAUUUGUAUUACAAUAAAUAUUGAGAUUACAA